CGCUUAUUGAGAUAUUCUAGAAAGCGCCAAUAUUAGAUGCUGGAGCCCUGCUUGGUCCUCCCUACGUCAACCCUUUUGAGGUCCGAAUUCAUGAAGGCACUCACAAGGCCGGCAUGCCACGCUGUGGAAAUCUCAUCCAAGCAAGGUGACGUCUUUCACGACCCCGGGACAGACUGUGCCCAACUAUGACGGAUGUUUCUAAAGCACAUCGACUUGACCACCGCUCUGCGGCCCUCGUACCUGCCCGAUGAGGACCUGCUCUACGUUCAAGACAAUGUGGGGCUAUAUGAAGGGAAAUACAAGCUCCCCAAUCAGCAGAAUGGUCAGAUCUAUCUGACUUCACAUCGCAUAUGUUACGUGGACAAGGCCGAGCCGAGAAAGUACUCGGUCGCCUUGGAUCUCAAAGAUGUGGAGCGCUAUGAGUUCUAUGGUGGCUUUCUCAAGUCGUCGCCCAAAGUUACGCUGAUCCCAAAGGCGACAAAGCGAGCCCCCCUACAGCCCCGCUCCCCCGGGCUCGCUGGCCCCGCUUCACGGAGCAGCACAUCCUCUCCGGCUACGCAGGUUGAGGGGGGUCUCCGUGCAUUACCGGUUGAGUCUCCGCCGACGAGUAAUGCGACAUGGGUGUGCACGAUCUGCAGUUUCUCAAACCCUGUGCCCUCCAACUUCGAUCCAACCACCGCGAAUGCGCACACGCCACUUCCCCCAUGCCUUGCCUGCGGUAUCAAGCCGACUCUUACGCAUGUCUUGAAGGCAACCAUCUCUAAUGUGGCGAGCAGGCAGCCUGGUACUCCGGCGUUGCACACUCCACUGCCAGUCAGACCGAGACUGGCCACAGAGUUCUCCGCGACACGGGGUAGCUCAUCCCCGUUCAUCCAGGCUCAGGGCGCUUCACCUCAGAGCUCCGACCUGGAUGCAUCAUUUCAGUGUCCGCGAUGCACCUUCCUCAAUCAUCCCUCGCUCCUGUCCUGUGAAAUGUGCGGAGGGCCGCUCAUCUCGCAGGACCUGCCCGCUGAGCUCACUCAGCAGACCCGGCCUCACACAGAAUCUCCGGGCCCAAUCCUCAACUCCUUUGGUACCGUUCCCUCGGGCGUGGAAAACUCUGACAGCGUCAAGAUCUCGUUCCGUGGAGGAGGUGACAAGAUCUUCUACGAAAGACUCAAAGGCUCCAUGACGCAGCGGAAAUGGCUUCUCCAGGGGGCGCCCCCGAUCCCCAAGGCCUCUCGUACCCGCGACUCCCUCGGCAACAGUUCUAACCCGUCCGCAACCACCGACGCCGCCCGAGACCGUCCAAAACUGGGCGGCAUUGCCGGCCUUGAACACCACAGCCAAGCUAUGCGCAAGAACAACGAGCUCGUAAUCGGAUCUGCUUUCGAGGACCUCGAAGCGCUGAUGGCAUCGGCCAAAGAAAUUGUCGCGCUUGCAGAAACCUUCGCGCGCCAGGUCAAGGGGGCGUCUGGUGCCUCCAGCGCAAGCGAGAACGCCCUCCUCGCCGACUCGGUUUCCCAGCUCGGGUUGAUCACCACCAAAGACAUUGUGGGCAGCAGCAGCAGCGCCAGCGGAAGUGACUCCCUGUACCUGUCCGAGCUGGCACGCACGCUAGCCGAGUUUCUGACGGAUGACCGGAGGGGUGUGCUGAAAAGGGCUGGGGGGAUCAUCUCGCUCGUCGAUCUGUGGGCCAUGUUUAACCGCGCUCGAGGAGGGGUUGAGCUCGUCAGUCCAGCCGACUUUGAGAAGGCGGCGAACCUAUGGGAGAAGCUCGGGCUUCCAGUGCGGCUGAGGACGUUCAAGUCGGGUGUGAAGGUGGUGCAGAGCCGUGAUCGCACUGAUGAAACGACCGUCAAGGCGCUCCUUGCCUGGCUGAGGGAUUUGCACGAGUUCCCGCCCGAAAGGGAAGUGCCGUGGGACUGGCGCAGGUUUGGGCGCGGCGUCACGGCCAGGGAUGCUGCUGAGAGGUUCGGCUGGAGCAUUGGCGUGGCGGAGGAAGAGCUUGAGAUGGCCGAGGAGAGGGGCGUGCUGUGCCGAGAGGAAGGCAUUGAGGGAUUGAAGUUCUGGGAGAACUUCAUCGACACCGGAGAGGGUAAGGGAUACAAGGACCCGAAGAUCGUGGAGGCAGAGAGAUUAGUAAAGGUGUUGAAGGAGGCAGGCUUCGUCUAAAUACUCUGGACCACGGGAUUGAUAGAAGCU